UUCAAUGGUCCGUAGAGUUAGUUGUGCCCAAAAGAGCACGUCGGUCCGUGUUUUCGUUUCGGUGAGUUAGGUGAGCUUCACCAUGUUCGUGGCAACGUUAACCUUCGCCGUGUUGGCCAUUUCCGUGGCGCUGUACGUGUAUGUGGAAAAGUUUAGCAAAAUCCUUAAGCACAGUGGGAAACUGGGAGGUCCCCGUGCUUAUCCGCUGAUCGGCAAUGGGUUGCUUUUUGCUGGCAAAACACCCGCAGAGUUUUUGCAGACUGUAGGACGGCUCAUACAACAGUACGGCAAGUGCUUCCGGGUGUGGUUGGGAACACAGAUGCUGAUCGUCAUUACCGAACCGAAAGAUAUAGAGGUACUUUUAAGCAGCAACAAGUACAUCGAUAAAUCGAUCGAGUACGACUUCAUUCGUCCGUGGUUGGGCGAAGGACUGUUGACCAGUACCGGGCGCAAGUGGCACACUCACCGGAAGGUGAUCACUCCAACGUUUCACUUUAAAAUUCUGGAGCAAUUUGUGGAAAUAUUCGAUCAGCAGAGUAACACGUUCGUGCAGGUGCUGGGAGCACACGCCAAAUCGGGCGACACCUUUGACAUCUUCCUGCCGGUGACACUGUGCGCGUUGGACGUUAUCUGUGAAACCGCCAUGGGUACGAAGGUCAACGCUCAGCUCAACGCCAAAUCGGAGUAUGUGCAGGCGGUUAAGGACAUUACCAAUUUGGUUCAGAUCCGACUGUUCAAUUUCCUUAUUCGGUACGAAUUUUUCUACCUCUUUUCUUCGAAUCGGCGCAAGCAGCUGGAAGCCCUGAAGGUCCUGCACGGAUACACGGAUAGUGUCAUCAAAAGUCGACGCAAGGAGCUGGAGUCUGGGAACAGCAACACGGUUGACAUCAACGAGAAUGAUUUGGGCAUUAAGAAGAAGAUGGCAUUCCUGGACAUGUUGCUACAGUCGAAGAUCGACGGACAACCGUUGACCGAUCUCGAGAUACGGGAGGAGGUGGACACGUUCAUGUUCGAAGGGCACGACACGACGACAUCGGCCAUCAGUUUUUUGCUGCAAAACCUAGCCAAACAUCCGGAAAUUCAGCAGAAAGUGUUCGACGAGGUACGAAACGUGGUUGGUGAUGAUCGUACACGACCCGUCACGAUAGCGAUGCUAAACGAUAUGCAUUAUCUGGAUCUGGUGAUCAAGGAAACGCUUCGCCUUUACCCUUCGGUACCGAUGUUUGGAAGGAAAAUGAUGGAAGAUGCCGAAAUUAACGGAAAAGUGUUUCCAGCGGGCUCGAACACAAUCAUCCUACCAUUUUUCCUCGGUCGCAAUCCGGAAUUCUUCCCGAACCCGGAAAAGUUUGAUCCGGAACGGUUCAACGUGGAAACGUCUGCGGAAAAGACAAACCCCUACCAGUACGUUCCGUUCAGCGCUGGUCCACGGAAUUGCAUUGGACAGAAGUUUGCCGUGGCAGAGAUUAAGAGCCUCACUAGCAAAGUGUUGCGGCAUUACGAGUUAUUGCCACCGGUCGGAAAGUUUGAUGAAACGUUUAUUGCUGAGCUUAUCCUGCGCCCCGAAAAGGGUAUCUACGUUCGACUGAAGCCACGCGUUUAUUAGUUUGAUGGAUAGAUGGAAAAGAUGAGGACAUGGAUUUGUGGUGGAAAGUAUUAAUAGAGGUUGUCCAAAGCUGAUCGUAAGUUGAGGAUUGUUGGAAUAAAGUAGUAUUGUUGGAACGACGCUCAAA